ACAGUACACUUUCAAGACCCCACAAGUCACCUUGCACUCGACAACAGAUUUGAAGGCGAGAACAAAGGAUGCUUCCCGGCCCAGCAACACAACAGCCGUCUUGAUCGCUGCUGUCUCGUACCACCGCUGAUCAGCUCUCCUGUCGUUAGCCAUACCACGCCGGUUUCACCUCCAACUUCAGAUCCCGCAGCCGUCGCCAUCUGCGCACUUUCGGAUUCACACGCACCAGGUUGUAUUCCGAGCCCAAAGUCACGCGAUAUGAUUAUUUAGUAGUCGAUACAGUCGAUUUCUUUCAUCCUGACUGUUGAACCCGCUCCUGCUUGCGACACCGACCGCCGCCCGGCGAGGGACACGGAAACCCGGCCUCCCUACCCAUGCCGGGCUCAACCACUCUGCUGGAUCAUGCGGGGCCCGCGCCUUUAGGGGGAGGAGGUGGGCGUUCUGAUGGCGCAAAGGGAGGGAAGCGGCCGCUGCCACACAUCGACGACGUCACUUCCGUUACCGUCGACAUUGACAACCAUGCGCCGAUCGAGAAGGUCCUCCAGAUGGCCGAGGCUUGCUUGCGCCAAGCCGAGUCAUCCAAAACAUUUGGUAGGCCAGAUCUUGCGCUCAAGGACUAUAUACGGACCAACAUCAUCCUGCUCGACGUUAUCAAGAAAAACAAGGGAUGGCCGUCGCUGCAGAGCGACAACAAAACCCAGUUCGAGCGCUACCAGCGGCUGUUGCGCCACGUUCAUGCCGCCCACGGCGACUUUGACGCCAUCAAGGCGCAAAUCAAGGCCGAAAAUGCCAAAACGGGUGUCCAACCUACAGUACGUCGGCCAGGAUCCGCCGGAACUGCCAGCGGAAAUGGGCAGGAAAAGCAAGGUGCCGUAAACGGUACCUCGAAGGAGAACGACGCUGCCGCCGGUCCAGCUUCGCCUCCGCCUAAGCAACGGCCCGCUGUUCAACCCAAGCCACAGAACCUCCACGGGAAGGCUCUGUCUCUGAGUACACCCGCCACCUCGGCUAAGACACAGGAUCUUCUCCAGCGCUUUGCGAAUCUCCGGGCCAACUCGACCAGUUCUUCACAAGAUACCCGCGUCUGCAUACAGCCGCUCAGACCGCCACCAAAGCUGCCGAAGGUUCCCCCAGCGCCUCCUCCAAGCGUACCAAUGGACGGGAUACCCGCUGAGAUGCCCAGGGUACCUGAUGCCAUCUACAACCCGCCAAGAGGAACCAUCACGAGCGAGACGGCAGCACUUCCUUCGAGCGCCCCUCGUGCUAUGUUCACCAGAACAAACUCGACAACAUCCGUGAACACCAUCAGAAAUACCAAGCCGCUUUCUGCGUCUACACCCCCUCCCACAACCUCUCCCGCGAAACGGACCAAACCGACCAUUCCAGACAGCGACACGAUAUCCGUCGAAGACCUUCUUCGAUUCAUGAAAGCAGGCGCCAAGGACCUCUCCAUCUUGCUCAUCGACAUCAGAAGUCGCGAGGACUUUGACGACGGCCAUAUCAUGUCGCAGGCUACAAUUUGUGUUGAGCCAGAAGUUCUCGUGCGAGACCACAUCUCGGCGAACCAGAUCGCGGAUAGUAUGGUUCUGGCCCCGGCGGCAGAACAACUGCUUUUUGACAGGCGCCAUGAGUUUGAUUUGUUGGUCUUCUAUGACCAGUAUUCCGAGAAAAUUCUGGACACGCCACGAACCACUGAAGAGAAGGCUGUAUCGGGGCUCUUCAAUGCCCUCAGCCACUACGAUUUUCCAGGGGCAUGGGGAUCGAAGCCCCGGCCGAAGCUGCUCUGCGGAGGCCUGGACGAGUGGACCAAUAUGGUGGGAAACGCCAGCCUCCAGUCGUCCUCAACAACUACUGCAAAGCGGUACGCGGCCAGUCCUAUGGCGCGUUCGCUACUGAAUCGUCGCCAAACGCAUGUAACUCGGCCGAUCCAAGAUCCGGCAGAGGCGAAGAAGUGGGAAGAUACCAUUGCCGAUGCCGGUGCGAUAUCCCCUGUUAGGACUACCGAAGACUUCCUUCGUCGGUUCCCCUCCAUCUCGGAGCAGCGCGAAUCCAUGGUCUCUCCGGUCAGCCCGCUAACCAGUCUGCCGCAAAGCCCCUUCCAAUACCGCCUGUCACACGAAGAGAAUCUCUACACUUCCCUCCCUCCGCCACCCGCGCGCCCGCCUCCUGCAGUGCCGCGCCGGAGCUACAGCGGACUUGCCGAAGCCGAGGACAGCUCUGUCGCGUUGGCCAAGAAGUCUUCGGCCCAGGUGGUCGACAUCGUGCGGAAGCACCGAACAGGCCUGCAGAAUCCAGGUGUCUUUUGCUUCGCAAACAGUUCGUUACAAGCCAUGUUCGCCACGCCAGGCUUUGCCCGCGAGGUGUGGACAGGCGCCUGGAAAGAUGCAUACAAGGUACCCUUGAAGCCAGAUGAGAAUUUUGAGAACCCGCAACUUCUGCUUAAAUGCUUGGCCAACCUGUUCCAUUGGCUCAAUCAAGGGACAUUCAAAGCCCUUGCGGCCAAAACCUUCAUGGAGUACAUCCACUACAUCCAUUCCAAGGGCGCUGACGGCAAAAAGAAGCCGGACUGCGACAUCUUUGGCGGGCACUCUCAGCAAGAUGCCCAAGAGUUCUACUCGUUCAUCAUGGACAACAUCCACGACGAAACCAACACUCGCCGUGACAGAAAGCCUCCCAAGGAGGAAAAGCCGUACACGCCCAGAGACGGCACCAUCAUCCAGAACGCCAUGGACUACUGGCGCGACUACUCCAAAGCCAGCUCCUCCAUCGUCGACAGGUACUUCCGCGGUCUCGAGGUGUUCAUUUCGCGUUGCCACAACCGUGACUGCCGUCAAGAGAUCCGCCUCUUCCAGCCCUGCGACGUCUGGAUCCUCAACCUUGCCGGCAUGGGCGAUCCAACCGAUUUCGACAGCCUGCUGGCGAACCAUCAGACGUCGGAGCACUUCCCCGACCUCGUCUGCGAAACCUGCAACAAGCCCGGCCGCACGCGCAAAGCCAAGUUCGCCCGCCUGCCGGACCGCCUCGCCUUCUGCCUUAACCGCUUCAAUAGCGCCGGUGGCGGCUUCAGCAACCGGUCGGGCAAGAUCCACAGCAAGGUGCGCUUCCCGAUCCGCGACCUCGACCUCACGCGCUACUGUGCCGAGCCGGACCCGGAUAUGGCGACGACCGACGACCGGCACUUCGCCGGCAGGAUGGUGUAUGAUUGUUACGCCGUCACGGUGCACGUCGGCCAGGGCAUCAACGGAGGGCACUACUACGCCUACGUGCAGGACGAGACGUCGAGGGAUCCGACAGAUUGGUUCCGGUGUAAUGACGACGUAGUGGAUCGCGUCAAAAUUGGAACCGGAAUGCCGGGGGACUUGACCGAGGCGAUGUACCAGAGUGGGAAUACGUCGGCUUACAUGAUUUUUUAUCGGCGGCGCGGGACGUGACCGGUCGUGUUGAUGAGGUGAGAUGUGCGUGCAGAGUGGGUGUUUUGGAUAAGUCGGAUGUCAACGGAGACAAAAUCGCGCAUGAGAAGGCGUACCUCAAGGAUCAUACUACGCUUCAUUGGUAAGGAGCAGUUGGGGAUGGUGGUUCACUUAUAGGCGUACAGCACGUAGGAAGCGCGGCGUUUGGGGAGAAGCACGGUUAACACACAGCUAUACAUGAUUCAAAGAUACCAAAAGCACCAAUUUAGCCAUCAUCAC